AUGAACAUUCAGAAGUGUGAGUGUAAAGAAAAUCGUCCACCCAAUGCUGGGCGAUGUUGCACCUGUCCAACAAACUCACAAAAAAUGGGUCCUGAUAAUUUUAAAGUUCCUGCUCUACCUCUCAAUCGGCCUCAGUACAGUGCUAAGAGUAACGAGAAAGAACCAAAUAAACCGGAACUUAAGAAAGAUGAUAAGAAAAAGGCUUGGUCGCUGUCCGAUUUUGAUUUGGGAAGACCUCUUGGUAAGGGUAAAUUUGGUAAUGUGUAUUUAGCCCGUGAAAAAGAGUCCCAUUAUGUUGUUGCUUUAAAAGUACUGUUUAAAAGCCAAAUCCUGGAUUCGGAAAUUGAACACCAAGUACGUCGCGAAGUUGAAAUUCAGUGUCGAUUACGCCAUCCAAAUAUUCUACGAAUGUAUGGUUAUUUUCAUGACGAGAAGAGGAUUUAUUUGAUUUUGGAAUACGCAAAGCAUGGCGCCUUGUAUAAGCUUCUCAAAGAGCACGAGAGAUUUGAUGAGAAAACUGCGGCAAUCUAUGUCAGGGACUUAACAAAAGCUUUAAUAUAUUGUCACUCAAAAAAAGUUAUCCAUCGUGACAUCAAACCCGAGAACUUGCUAAUCGGACAUAAUUAUGAACUUAAAAUUGCUGACUUUGGCUGGUCAGUGCACUCACCAUCUUCAAGGCGCAUGACUCUAUGUGGUACUUUAGAUUAUUUGUCACCUGAGAUGAUUGAAGGUAAACCCCAUAAUUAUGCAGUUGAUAUUUGGAGUCUUGGAGUACUGUGUUAUGAGCUCCUGGUAGGCUUACCCCCAUUUGAUGCAAAAGACUCUCAUCAAACAUAUAGAAAAAUCAGAUAUGUGAUAAUUAAAUAUCCAGAUUUUAUAUCUGAAAAGGCAAAGGAUUUAAUGGGUAAGCUUCUAGUUAUAAACCCAGAUCAGAGGUUGCCGUUGACACAAGUUUUGCAGCAUCCUUGGAUAUUAGAAAAUGCCCCUGAAGGUGCCAGGCCACAAUUUUGUACCAUGGAACAAAAAUGA